AAGGCUAAGUGGGUGGACAAUUAUUUUCCCUAUAUUUUAUAGGUACUAAUUGUGGUCCACUAUCAGUGGUUUCUAAAUAAGGCGUAUGGAAGUUGGCUUUAUUCUUGCCAGUGCAUAUUUGUUCUGCUAAAAUUGGAAUAACAAACCUUUUUUUUUUAUAUUAAGUUACUUCAAAUAUCUUGGUCUGGACUUCAAUUAUUUUAGCCAGUUCAUGACCUGUUUUGUUUAAAUUAGCAUUUCAUAAAAGCACAUUUGCUGGAAAUCAUAUGGAAAAAUUCCGAGAAGUCCUUUACGACUAUACUAUAUAGGACGGAGAGUUACGUUGUUCACUUUUGGAAAAUUAGCUACUUCUCAGAAAGUUAUAUAAAGUAAAUACGGGUGACAUUCUGUUCUACAGCUACAACGCUUACUAUUUGUUAUUACUAUUAAGCAACUUAAUAGUAGAAUUACUUUCGCACUACUAAUUAUGCACUAAAAAAACUUUCAAUUGCCAAUGUUGGAAUCCAUUAAUCUAAAAAUGCUAGGGGAUGGAGAGUGCUGGAAAAAUGUAAUUCUUAAAUCUUCAUAGUAUUGGCUUAUCAUUUUUCUUGGCUAAUAGAAUAAGUAUAUUGUUAAAUGAUCUUGAUUUAUAUGCUGUAGAUUUUGCUGUUUGCCUCUCUCCCCUCCCAACAAAAAAAAAGAAAGAAGAGUAAAAUAGAAGGUAAAAGUGAAUGAGCAUAACAUUGGAAAUAUACCAUGGAGUUCAGUGUCGAUUCAAAAUUUAGACGUUGUGGGUUCUGAGUUGAGAAAACGAGUUCUGAAAUAUAUAUAUAUAUAUAUAUAUUUAUAAUAUGCCUACAGUUGAGACUCAAUUAAUUAAAACGAGUUAUUUCUCAACUUCAAUGAGGUACUCAAUUAAUUUUAAACAAGAUAUUUAAGAUAGAUGCCUACAUUUGAAGAGACGUCAAUGAAUUCCUCAAAUAUAAUAAAUUCAAGCAUCAUAUGAACUGAAAGCCUCUUUUCUCUUGUCAUAUGUUGAACAAAGUUCAUGUUCUCUGUCAUGAAUUUGACACUAGAGAAACAUUACAUCAUUUGAAAGUUGUUCUAGAUUCUUCCUGGUGAAAAAUCUUUGUACUAUGUGAGGAAAAUGACCUGCCUUAUUCUGAACAUACCAAACUGUAGAAUAAACAGUCCUUUAGUUAUGGUUGCGGUGGUUUUGGUUGUCAUAUUGAUCAAUCUUAUCAUACCUGAUUUUGUUCAAAUUAUAGCGGUCAUUAACAAUUCGUGCUCACUUUCUUUAAAUCAAUGGUUAUCGACGAUCCAUUUGUCUUUUAGACAGAAUAUAAAAUUGUUCUGUAGCUUUUAAAAUCAGUAUGUGCCUAGCAAAAGCUUGCUUUUAGGACACCACCAAUACUCUUCUAUCUAUAUAAUGGACCAGCAAGAACUUUCAAAUGUAGUGCAAAGUUCAACAAGAUUUGGAACUUCAUUAGCAGUAAAAGCCUCCAAAAGGGUGAAUUAGCUGUUCUUUUCUAGCAUGAGUCAUUCUAAUGUCAACGCAGAAGAAAGAAAAGAGAUGGACAUAAGGAGCUUUUCAUCUUCACAACACAACCAAACACCCUAUAUUCACAAGGUUGGAGUCCCUCCAAAACAGGACAUUUUCAAAGAGUUUAAGACUACCGUGAAGGAGACAUUCUUUGCGGAUGAUCCACUACGUUGUUUCAAAGAUCAACCGAGGUCUAGGAAGAUUGUACUUGGUUUACAGGCAAUAUUUCCAAUACUAGAGUGGGGUAGAAACUAUAAUUUUAGAAAAUUCAGAGGUGAUCUUAUCGCUGGUCUCACCAUUGCAAGUCUUUGCAUUCCUCAGGACAUUGGCUACUCAAAGCUUGCAAAUUUAGCUCCUCAGUAUGGAUUAUACUCCAGCUUUGUUCCACCACUAGUUUACGCCUUCAUGGGCAGUUCAAGAGAUAUAGCCAUAGGGCCUGUGGCUGUUGUGUCACUCUUGCUAGGGACUUUGCUUCGGAAUGAAAUUGAUCCGACUACAAAUCCAACCGAGUAUCUGAGGCUUGCUUUCACAGCUACAUUUUUCGCUGGCAUUACUCAGGCUACUCUUGGGAUCCUAAGAUUAGGCUUCUUAAUUGACUUUCUAUCUCAUGCUGCUGUAGUUGGAUUCAUGGGUGGUGCUGCCAUCACAAUUGCCCUUCAACAGCUUAAAGGUUUUUUAGGCAUUAAGAAGUUUACUAAGAAAACAGAUAUCAUUUCUGUGAUGAAAUCAGUGUUUCAUUCGGUCGACCAUGGAUGGAACGGGCAGACAAUUCUCAUUGGAUCAGCGUUUUUAACUUUCCUUUUGUUCGCGAAGUACAUUGGAAAGAAGAAUAGAAAGCUGUUUUGGGUACCUGCAAUUGCUCCUUUGAUUUCUGUCAUUCUUUCGACUUUCUUUGUCUACAUUACCCAUGCUGAAAAGAAGGGAGUUGCCAUUGUAGGAUACAUUGAGAAAGGAAUAAAUCCUCCAUCUGUCAAUAAAAUAUAUUUCACCGGUGACUAUCUCUUAAAAGGGAUGAGGACUGGUAUGGUAGCUGGUGUGAUUGCAUUGACGGAAGCUGUUGCAAUUGGAAGAACCUUCGCGUCAAUGAAGGACUACCAGUUGGAUGGAAACAAAGAGAUGGUGGCACUUGGAACUAUGAAUAUCAUUGGCUCGAUGACGUCCUGUUAUGUAGCAACAGGUUCCUUUUCUCGGUCAGCAGUAAAUUACAUGGCGGGCUGCCAAACAGCAGUUUCCAACGUUGUCAUGUCCGUCGUCGUGUUCUUAACUUUGGAAUUCAUAACACCUCUUUUUAAGUAUACUCCGAAUGCAAUCCUUGCUGCCAUCAUCAUCUCAGCUGUACUCGGCUUAAUUGACUAUGAAGCAGCAAUUUUGAUUUGGAAGAUUGACAAAUUUGACUUUGUUGCUUGCAUCGGGGCAUUUUUUGGCGUGGUUUUUGCCUCUGUUGAGAUUGGUCUUUUAAUCGCGGUGACAAUAUCAUUUGCUAAGAUUCUCCUCCAAGUCACAAGGCCGCGAACAGCUACUCUUGGCAGGAUACCCCGGACAAACGUAUAUAGGAAUAUUCAACAAUACCCUGAGGCAACCAAAGUUCCUGGUGUAUUGAUUGUUAGAGUUGAUUCUGCUAUAUACUUUUCAAACUCUAAUUAUAUCAAAGAAAGGAUAUUGAGAUGGCUAAUGGAUGAGGAAGAACAUUUAAAAGCAGCUGGCCUUCCUAGAAUUCAAUUCUUGAUCGUUGAGAUGUCGCCUGUUACUGACAUUGACACCAGUGGCAUUCAUGCCUUGGAAGAGUUGCUAAGAAGCCUAAACAAGAGAAAUGUUCAGCUUGUUCUGUCGAACCCCGGUAGAGUGGUGAUUGACAAGCUACAUGCAUCCAAUUUUCCAAGUCAAAUUGGUGAGGACAAGAUAUUUCUCACAGUUGCUGAUGCUGUGCUAACCUGUUCACUAAAAUUGCCUGAAGAUGUUUAAACAUUGUAAACAAGAACUAUACAAUGUAUGUACAAGAAGGCAAGGGGGAAAAGAAAAAUCAAUCAGAAGUAGCAUGAGGGACUAUAUUGAAUAGAAUAUAUAGAGUGAAUUAAUACCAAAAAAAAAAAAAAAAAAAAAAAAAAAGAGCUGGAUUCUAUUUUUGGUGACUUGUGGGAUCCUCAGAAAAAGUGAUGGGAUAUUAAUCCAAUCCAAAACAGAUAGUGCCUACUGGUCCUAGCCAAUUGCCAUAAAGAGUUCUUGUUUGGUUAAAGUUAGUACAGUUAAAAAUAUGAUAGCUAUGAUUUUAACUUUUAUGGUUAAAAUGUAGUCUUAUAUUAUGUUGAAGAGUUCCCCUUGUCUUUCUUGUUAUUGCUAGAGGCAAUUAUGUACUAACCAGGACCCCUAUGGUCGUAUUCUGUAUAAUAUUUAAGAUGUUUUUGCUCACAUCGUUAAAAAAGAUAAUAGUGUUUACUUUAGUAUUA